ACUAUUGAAUCUCACGCUUAGUCUUCAAGAGUAAUUGAAAAGCUCACAGUGACAAUGGUCUCUUCUUCCAGAUGUCAUCCAUAUAAGGAGCGUGGCUUUCACCACCUCGUUGACAUAGGAUGUGUACAUGGCUCUCCAGGUCAGAGUUGCUCCAAGCAAGGUUGUUUUGCGGAACCUUCUUCUAUGUGUCAUCCUCUUCCACACGGUGUACUACGCGGUUCUGAGCACAGGCUGCAUGGUGCUCCAGGUGGAUGAGUUGGAUGUCUGGGCACCAUUUGAUUUCAAAACAAAUCCUUCAUGGCUCAACACAAGUUAUAAAGUUAUUUUAGUCUCAACUGAGGUAAACUACUUUGUUUGUGGAUUGCUUUUCGUUCUGAUUGUGGAAGGAUGGGCUUGGGAUUAUGCUAUUUCAGUAACUAUUCUCCAUGUUGCCAUCACUUCAACUGUUAUGUUGGAAUUUCCCCUGACACCACAUUGGUGGGCUGCCUUAGCUUUCACAAAAGGAGCCAGUAUCUGAUCAAAAGUAGUGCAUGAAAUCUUUCUUAAACGACUGAAGGGUGCUUUGAUGAUUUUCUCCUUUGGUUUGUAGAAUAAGAACUGAACUUAACUCAAAUCGCUACAGUUGCCAUCACUUUUCUGUGGUAAAAUUACUGAUAUUUGCUGUUCUAUACAAAAAGUAUUGCCUAAAAAUGUCUGCUGUUUGUUUUCAAGAGUUGUCCAAUGGGAAUAUUGUCUGUUUAUGUGUGAAUGUGAAAGUACUUAUUUUGUUUGUUGCUGUGUUUUUGUUUUUCUCAGUAGUCUUGUGUUAGCACUGAGUAACCUCCUCUCCUUAGCCAUCAUCAAAUGUUAAAGAC